AUGUUUUAACUGAAUAAUAACGAAAAAUAGAUUGAUUUUAGAAAAUAUUAAAUGGAACAAAUUGAUCAUAUCUAUCUAUCAUUCAGUCCAAAAUAAGAAGAAUAAAAUACACUCAAUCUAAAAACAGAAGAAAUGUCAAUCCCAAAUAUACAAUCCUUUUUUACUGAUCGCACUAGUAUUUUUGAUUAGAAAGUUGGAUAUUUUUAAGGAUAAGUCCAUAAUUCAGAUCAAUUUGAUUUCUACUUAAUAUCCAAAACAGAAUUAAAGAAAUUACUUAAAUAAUUAGAUAGCUUGUAAAAAAUUAAAUAAAAUUAUGAUGCUCUUAAUCAAUAAAUAUAAUCUACAUAAAAGAAUCCUUCCAAAUAGUUAUAAUAACAUUCCUAUAAUAAUUUAUAAAAGUCUGGAACCACCUUAUAAGGAUCAGAUUAAAAAGCGCGAAAUUUAUAGUAAAGCUAAAUAAUGAAUGAGGGUUAACCUCAUAAAGAUGUAAUAAGUGUAAGAGCUUUGGUUGGUCAUAGAGACAACUCUAUUCAUUAUAAUAAUAAUAAUAAGGAAAAUAAUUAAGGAUUAAUAAAUAAUUAGAGGACUACAAGUUAAUAAAAAUAAUAGAAUCAUUAAUAAAAUUAUUCUUCUGUUAGAAAAUUAAAUUAACCUUUGCCUUCAAGACAAAGAUCAUAAACUCAUAUACAUAUGAAAUAUAUAAAUUGA